AGUAAGUAGCAUGUGCUUCUAUCGAGCGCAGGUGGUUUAAUUGUUGGCCUGAAAUUCCUCUUUCGAAUAUUCUGACUCAUUCGUCAGAGUCAUCGCAUUUGCAUUUAUUUUGCGGAACCGAUAAAAAAAACAGUCGUGACCGUUGCAAUACAAUUGCAUGUGGCCGUAUUGGCGGCAGUUUGUGCAGUGUAGAAAUUGUUGAUGGAAAAUUUAUUUUGAUGGAUUUGUGAGGGACUCUUGAAUCAACUAAUUAGUGCAAUUCUAUUGGAAUAUUGCGGAUAAAAAUCUCUUGUUUACUUUGGUGUGUAUCGUGCUUUGGCGUGGCACAAAACUUGUAAUAAGAACAAAAUCGUGAUUUUGCUCCCAUUAAAAUUGAUUUUGGGCAAAAACCAAAAACACUUUCGUUUUCUGCCUCAACUCCCUGGUCACUUCCUGAAGUUAAAAUACAAGACCAACAACUGGGCAGAAAAAAAUACAGCAAAAGCGAAAAAUUAGUUCACACCCAAAAAGUGGAUGAUCAUCUUGUUUGCAGCACUGUAAUUUGGGUAGAAGUGGCGAGAGGAUCAGUUUUAUGUGGUGUCUCGGAGUGAAUUUGAGGAGUGAAAGAAAUUUGAGUGGUCAGUGGACACAUCAAGAUGAGCAAUUCGUCCAAGACAUCCAAGAAUUCCACACCAAGGGAAUCCAAGGAGUCGAAAGAUGAGAUGGAAGUGAAGGUUUCAGAUCUUCCGAUGGUUUUUAAGGUGAAAUACCUGGGGAAGCAGAAAGGAAAUGGACUCUGGGGCAUCAAGCACACCCGGAAGCCAGUAGAUAAAAUGGUGGCUGCAGCCAAAGAAAUGGCUCCAGGGAAAGUCCUGCCUAUUUGUAACCUAACAGUGACCCUAGAUGCCAUCAUUCUCGAGACAAUUCCUAAUAAAAUUACAGAGUACAGAAAAUGGGUACACAAUGUCGAUACGAUAUCAUAUGGAGUACAGGAUAUCGUCUACUCUCGGGUUUUCUCUAUUAUUCUGGUCAAUGAGGAAUCUGUUAGGAGUCCCUUCGAAGUCGAAGCCUUCGUUUGCGACAGUCGAGCAAUGGCCAGGAAACUCACCUUUGCAUUAGCGGCUGCGUUUCAGGAUUAUUCGAGAAGACUGCAGGAGGCAGAGGCCCAACAACCUGAUUCCGGUAAACAGGCAGUUCGCAAGAAAUUCGCCAUAGAUCUGCGAACAGCUGAGGAAAUGGCAUCAGAACUUCAGGAGCAAGAAACAGAUGCAUGAUGCGUGGAGUGAAGAAGAUUCCAAGAAUCAUCCUCGUGAGACCAAAUUGAAGAGAUUGUGUGGCGGUUGAAUAAGUGAAACCAUACAGAAUCAUUCCAAGACGUGUGUAAAUAAUUUUUAUUUGUAUGAUGUUAUACAGUGAGAGAGAGAGCAGCAUCUUUUCAUCUAUAUAAUUGUGAUUAUCUUGCGUGCAAAGAACUAGUCUCUAAAUAUUAAUAAUUUUGGUGGCACUUUGUAGAGGCGAAUGUAGGUAAUAGUAUGCUAUUUUGACUUUAAUUGCUUAUAAUAAAGGUCUUAUGAUGUAAGAAAGAAAAA